AUGACCAUCAGGAAAAUCAUGUCUCCCGUUGUCCUCGCCGCACCCGCCGCCGCCGUCGUCGAGACGAGCAACGGCUCCUCCUCCGCCGCCGCCGAUACCGACGCAGGCCUCUUCUCCUCGGACCUCAUCAGCCCGGCCGUCGCCGCCGCCCUGCCCGAGGGCUACGUCGUGCGCGCCCUGCGCCGCUCCGACUACGCGACGGGCUUCCUCGACUGCCUGCGCGUCCUGACCACCGUCGGCGACAUCUCCGAGGCCGCCUUUGACGACCGCUACGCCUGGCUCGCGCGCCAGGACGGCACCUACUACGUCCUCGUCAUCGAGGACACCAACGUCGGCAAGGUCGUCGGCACCGGCAGCCUGAUUGUCGAGCGCAAGUUCCUCGGCCAGGUCGGCCACAUCGAGGACAUCGCCGUCGACAAGGACCAGCAGGGCAAGAAGCUCGGCCUGCGCGUCAUCCAGGCGCUCGACUACAUCGCCGAGCAGGUCGGCUGCUACAAGACCAUCCUCGACUGCUCCGAGGCCAACGAGGGCUUCUACGUCAAGUGCGGCUUCCGCCGCGCCGGCCUCGAGAUGGCCCACUACCACGAGAAACCCAUCCUUCGGGACUUUUCCGUUGGCGCUUUUGCUUCCCAUUUGCUGCUACGCAACGGAGGGUCGGCAUUUGACUCAGCCCAGCACCCCCAUCCAGGCUUCGGGCUCCGAAAUCUGGCUGGCUGGACAGGGGAUCGAGCCGGUGCUUGGGAUGAGAUGAGGUCAGCUCUCGAGGCCACUCCCCAUCCGGGCUUGGGGAAGCCGGUCAGCAAGCUGGUUGCACAUGUCGGCGGCGGCGCACCACCAGCCAUCUGGACGCAGUACUCAUUACACGGUGUGCGCCCCCUCACCAGGCCAGUCCCAAAGUUCCCAGCUGAGCUGCUCGAAUAG